UAAACUUGUAAUUGUGUAAUAAGAAUGGCAGAAUGCCGUUAUUUUAGUGAGCAUGCGCAGGUGCAGCAGCAGGUCACGUGUUCUUGUAGAGAAAAAUAAAGAAAUCUCUGCAGAGCUGAGGCUAACGGCGGAGUUACGGUCCUCACGGCGGAGAUUCCGGGAGUGAGAAAGCAGCCAGCGAACCGAGAGAAGCAUGAGCUAGGCCACAGAGACGCGGUGACGCUCACAGGUGAUCAGGUGUGUGUUGUAUCAGCUGCAGGAUGCCCAUCCCUCCUCCACCUCCUCCUCCACCUGGGGGACCCCCGCCUCCCCCCACCUUCAGCCAGGCCAAUACCAGCCCCCCGAAGCUGAGCAAGGAGGAGGCCAAAGGUCGUGGCGCGCUGCUUUCGGACAUCUGCAAAGGCGCCAAGCUGAAGAAGGUGGCGGUGGUAAACGACCGCAGCGCCCCGCUGCUCGACAGUAAGACUCAGACACCAAAGAGCCAAACAACCCCCACAGAGCACCCAUACAUUCGCUUAUACCAGUACCUACACCAGCAGCAGAGCCUGCCCAAACAGCAGGGGGCGCCGUCUGAGGAGCAGAAGAAGACGGUCGGAGAUAAGAGCCCCACGCUGUCGCUGGAGAAGCCGAAAGGAGGUGGAGCAGCUGCUGCAGGAGCCAAUGGGAGCGGAGCAGGCAGUCCAUCUGGUUGUGCUGCACCAAUCGGAGGCCUGUUCACAGGCGGAGUUCCCAAACUAAGGCCAGUCGGAGAUGGCGCCGUCGGUCGCUCUCCCUCCACUCGGGCUGCUGCGCCCCGCCCUCCCAGCCAUCGCCAUGAUGAUGCAGAGAGCCCCUCCCCUCAGGCAUCAUCACCCAUGGAGACAUCUCGCAUGCCGCGUCCUUCCCUCCCCAACCUGUCUUCAUCCCCUUCUCCCUCUUCCCCCUCCUCUACAGCCUCAUCCCCCUCCACCGGCAUGAAACACUCUUCCUCUGCCCCUCCUCCACCCCCUCCCUUAUGUCGCAGAGGUAACGCCCCCUCCCCUCCCACCUCCGCUUACAACAGAGAGAAGCCCCUUCCCCCCACCCCCAACAACACCCCUCCACUGCCCUCCAAACCCCCACCAUCUCCUAGCAACAGCAGGCGCCCUCCUACCUCGGGAGGAAACCCCGUGUCCUCCUCCUCUCUGGCCCCGCCCCCUCCACCAUACCGCAUCACUAACGGCCCAGCUGGUGGCGGUGGAGAGGCAGCACCCGAGCUGCCACAGCGCCACAACUCACUCAGCAACAAGAGGCCCGCCCCCUCACCAGGGGGCCACACCCCUUCCAGAGGCCCUGCCCCUCCACCUCCUCCAGCGUCACCUACACCCUCCCAGCAGGGUGCCAACAGGCCACCGCCCCCUGUUAGAGAGCCGCCAGGUAGAGGAGCAGCUCCUCCGGUUCCGGUCCAGACGUCCUUGAGGGCUGGUGGCAGAGAAGCCCCGCCUCCCCCUCCUUACAGGACACAUGGUAGCCC